UAUAUAGCCCAAUGCAAAGCCUACCAUUGGCUCCAACUCGUCUCUUUCUUUUCCUCCAGCACAAGAAAACACUCUUCAUUCCUUCUUCAGCUCGAUCUCACUCUCCGUUCUUCAUCUCGACUUCUUGUUCUUCGUUUGUGCGCAAUCAUCAAUCUCCAAGAGGACUUUAAGAGCUAGCUAUGAAGCUUGACACUAGCGGUCUCGAAUCACACGCGCCGCAUCUCUUCGGCGAGAGCAGUGGGUUUCUCGACGGCGUUUCGGGUCCUCCGGCGUUCGAGGUUCCUAUUACCAAUGAUUUUGAUGGAUUUCAGAAGGAAGCUAUCCAGAUGGUGAAGCCUGCCAAGGGGACAACCACGCUUGCAUUCAUCUUCAAGGAUGGAGUCAUGGUUGCUGCCGAUUCUCGAGCUUCAAUGGGAGGAUAUAUAUCGUCACAAUCUGUGAAGAAGAUUAUUGAAAUCAAUCCGUACAUGCUUGGUACAAUGGCGGGAGGAGCUGCUGACUGCCAGUUUUGGCACAGAAAUUUGGGGAUUAAGUGUCGGCUUCAUGAGUUAGCAAAUAAGCGCAGAAUUUCUGUUACUGGAGCAUCAAAGCUGUUGGCAAAUAUUUUGUACUCUUACCGCGGAAUGGGUCUCUCUGUUGGGACCAUGAUUGCUGGCUGGGACGAAACAGGUCCUGGACUGUAUUAUGUUGACAGUGAGGGAGGCCGUUUGAAAGGAAUGAGGUUUUCUGUUGGUUCGGGCUCGCCUUACGCUUAUGGUGUUCUGGAUAAUGGGUACCGGUAUGACAUGUCAGUCGAAGAAGCUGCUGAGUUGGCUAGAAGAGCUAUCUAUCAUGCAACAUUCCGCGAUGGGGCCAGCGGGGGAGUGGCAAGCGUCUAUCACGUGGGGCCAAACGGAUGGAAGAAGCUGUCCGGAGACGAUGUUGGGGAACUUCACUACCACUAUUACCCUGUAGUGGCAGGCUCUGUUGAACAAGAAAUGGUUGAAGUCUGAUGGAAAAUGGGAAUACCAAGUGUAGGAUUCCAUGGCCGAUGCUGGGUUUAUAUGUGAAACUGUUUGUUGUAUUAGGAUUUUUAAGUUGACUUCACAACCUUGUGAUCUUUAUUACAUUCAAUUGCGGAUUUCAUAUCAUUUGUUGGUGAUGUUAUUUCAUUUGAAUUAGACAGCUGAUCACAUUCGUGUC